GGUGUGCGCGUUAGUUAUAUCGAUUGCCGUUCAGCGCUAAGCACACGAAAACAACUAUAGUUAAAUAAAUAAAUAAAAAAAUCAACAAACGCACAAUAAACGUUGCCAAAAGAAUACAUAUAAAGCGUAAUCAUGAUUACGUUAAAGGAGCUAAAAAAGCUGAGACUGAUCCAUCUAUGCAUUGCUAUAACCUUCUUCACCAGCGGCCUGACCGUCAACUUUCUACAGCUUUUACUCCACAUCUGUGUAAAGCCUUUCAAUAAACAUCUCUUCCGUAAAUUAAUGUACUAUCUAUGCUAUUCCUUCUACUGCCAGCUCGUUUUUGUGGCCGAUUGGUAUGCGGGCUGCAAGAUGCGUGUGUAUAUGGAUGCCGAGGAUGAGAAGAAAUAUGCUGGCAACGAGCAUGUUUUGCUUUUGAUGAACCAUAAAUAUGAAAUCGACUGGUUGGCUGGCUGGAUGAUCUGCGAUAAAUUUGGAGUUCUAGGCAAUUGCAAGGCCUAUGCAAAAAAGGCCAUUAGAUAUGUGCCCUGCAUGGGCUGGGCCUGGUGGCUAGCUGAGUUUGUCUUUCUCAAUCGUGACUAUGACAAGGAUAAGGAGAUUAUUGCUAAGCAGCUAAAGGUUGUCUUCUCCUAUCCGGAUCCCACUUGGUUGCUGUUGAAUGCAGAGGGCACACGGUUUACGCCUGGCAAACAUGAAGCUUCUGUUAAGUUUGCCCAGGAACGGGGAAUGACGCCACUUAAACAUCAUUUAAUACCACGCACGAAAGGUUUUACAGCCAGCAUGCCAACAUUGCGUGGCAUAUGCCCGGUCAUCUAUGACAUCAAUUUGGCCUUUAGAAGUGAUGAGCAGGUACCUCCCACCAUGCUCUCGCUGCUCAAUGGCAAAGGCGUUGAGCCUUAUAUGCUAAUGCGUCGCAUUCCACUCGAGCAAGUUCCGGAGGGUGAGAAGGAGGCAGCGGAUUGGCUGCAAAAGUUGUAUGUGGAAAAGGAUCGUAUUAUUGAUAGCUUCCAUGAAACGGGCAGCUUUUUUAAGAAUUCUGGCGUUAAGGAGGUGCCGUUCAAAAUAUACGGACCCCGUCUCAGCAGCUUACUUAACUUUGCCGGCUGGGCUACUUAUUCGUUAUCCUUUAUCUUCUAUUAUCUUAUUUCGUCCCUGUUGGCAUCGAAUUGGACUGGUCUAAUUACGGCGCUUUCUGUGCUGGGCAUCUUCUAUUGGCUAAUGGGCGUGGCAAUUAAUAAGACACAAAUUAGCAAAGGCUCCAGUUACGGUGCACAGAGCACAAAAACGAGCGCACAUUAACUUGUAUAAAUACAAAAACAAAUUGUUUCGUUGUUUGUUAACGAGCGUGUUUAGUCAAUGAGCCAAGCUGAUAAUCUCACAAUUAUAUAUCUCUAUACACAAAUAACUUUAGUUUAUGCUUGAUAUGUUUUAUCGGCAGUCCUUAUCUCCAUUUUAUGUUUUUUCUUGGCUAUAAGUGAAUUAAAAGCUAUCAGUUUGGGUACAAAUUUAAUCAAUUAAUACAUGGAUAAGGUCUCGCACACUAGACAUACAAAACGUUGAAAUGAUG